AUGGCUACCGUUCCCGACAGCAAGCCCUCAACAGUGACUGUGGCGGAAUACCUCUUCACUCGCUUAGGUCAACUGGGUAUAUGCUCCGUCCAUGGAGUGCCCGGCGACUUCAACCUCCACCUGCUCGACUAUGUCAAGCCCGCAGGACUACACUGGGUCGGCAACGCGAACGAGCUUAACGCUGGCUAUGCGGCAGAUGGGUAUGCGCGGAUCAAAGGCGUAGGCGCGCUCAUCACAACCUCCGGCGUGGGGGAGCUGUCCGCCAUCAAUGCCAUCGCGGGGGCAUAUGCCGAGCGCGCAGCAGUAGUACACAUUGUCGGAACCCCUUCGAGAUCUAUACAAGAUUCUCGACUCAAGCUUCAUCAUGGGUUCAACGACGGUGAAUACAGACGCUUUGCGCAGAUCCAUUCUCACGUCACCGUCGCGCAGGCCAACUUGCGCCACCCGCAACAAGCACCGGACCAGAUUGACGAGGUGCUGAAACGCUGCAUCGUAGAAAGCCGGCCGGUUUACAUCGAGGUACCCCAGGACCUGGUGACUGUUCAUGUUUCGGCGGCCAAGCUGCAGUCUCCCACCAUCUGGACACCCGAUUACAAUCCCACGGCUGCGGAAGAAGUCGCCAUUGCAGCAGUUUUCGAAAGGAUAUACUCUGCAAAACAGCCCGUGAUUCUCGUUGAUGGCGAGGUCAGGCCCAUCGGCAUCGUCGACGAAGUACAAGAAAUCGUCAAAUCAACCGGUUGGCCAACCUGGACCAAUCCUUUCGGCAAGUCGUUGAUUUCGGAGACUCUGCCAAAUGUUCAUGGAGUAUGCAAAGGCCCGUACGCGGACAGUGUAGAGAAAAAGCUUUUUGAGAGCGCAGACCUUGUAUUAUGCUUCGGCCCUCAUUUCAGCUCUACGAACACUGCCCAAUUUUCCACCGUUCCGAAACCUGACGUGUCCAUUCUGUUUUCCGAUACUGAAAUCAAAGUCGGCACUCAAGUUUUUCGGGACGUCACUGCUAAGACUGUUGUUCGCUCUCUUGUACAGGGCCUGGAUUUGUCUAGAGUGUUUCGCUAUAACCCAUAUCCGAACCUUCCUAAAGAUUACAAGAUGUCCUUCACGCAAGUCCCAAAAGACGAAAAAAUUGCUCAGUCCGACUUCUGGCCUCUGGUAGCCAAUAUUAUUCGGCCAGGCGAUAUUGUCCUUGGAGAAACAGGCACAGCUGGCCAUGGCUGUCGGGCUUUCCCCAUGCCACCGCACUCAAGGCUGUUUACUCCAGCCACAUGGCUGUCGAUCGGUUACAUGCUUCCCGCAUCUCAAGGUGCGGCGCUGGCACAGAAAGAGCUUGUACUGUCCUCCCAAUAUCAUGGCAUCCAGGACGCGCAGACGAUUCUCUUCAUCGGCGAUGGUAGCUUCCAGAUGACUGUGCAGGAGUUGUCUACCAUUAUUCGUAACAACUUGGAUGUCAUCGUCUUUCUCAUCAACAACGACGGCUACACGAUCGAGAGAUGCAUCCACGGACUAAACGAGACAUAUAAUGACGUCGCGUCAUGGCGCUAUUUGCAAGCGCCAAGUCUCUUCGGUGCAAACAAAGAUAGUUAUACACGCUCUGCUAAAACCUGGGGCGAACUGGAAACAAUAUUGAGUGAUGGCGAACUGGUCAAUGGCAAGGGACUAAGAAUGGUAGAGGUUUUCAUGGAACGAGAUGAUACACCGGGAGGAGCUUUGGCUACGUUAUUGGAGAAGGAGAGACAGAGGCAGCCACUUGUUUAA